GGUUGCAGACGCACGCAUUAACAACAGCGUCACGCCGAGUGAAUUGCGGUUUUGAGGAAGGCACGUAGACGAAAAAUAAGGAUAUUGGAAUGUCUCCGUGAGUUUUUUUUGUUUUGUUUUGUUUUUUUUUUUUUUUUUGCGUUGACUUGUCGAGAAAACAGCCUUACUUGUGUGUGCUCCGCGCGCCAUGGGCGGUCCAGACUGAGCAUCCCUCCAGCCAGACGACAUCGAGCUUUUCCCCUGCACGGAAGAGGAAUCCGAGAGCUGCUUUAUGUUGGGCGGAAAUCGAAAAAUAUGACGAUAGUUGAGAAGCUCUGUGACGGGUUUUGUGGUGAAUCUUCAGGUGCAUGAAGAGAUUGCCAUGGUCCACUUGGAUGGGACUGCGCCUGCUGCAGUGGGGAAUGAUUUUGGGCUCCAACUUGGACACGGCGGUUAUUUUGGCAGCAAACGCAUGGACGGGGAAUCUUGAAUUUCUUAUUGCAUGAAAAUUCAUCGAGUCAUCCUAAAGUGGAGGUAAUUGUGCGGUGGUGUUUGGGCAUAUUUGCACAUUUGAAGCGGACUGCACAGCAGCUCCAGGAGAGAGAACGGGGCCAGGUGCGCUCAGAUCCGGCUUGUGAAUUAGGACGGUACCUGUUAGUGGACAUGCGGAUCACAAUCGAUUAACUGGACUUGACAUAUACGCGGAUAUGGGCUCUGCUCUGCAACGUCGUUGGAUAGUACUCCAACUGCUGAUGCAGGUGUGGCUAGCAAUAAGCCCAGCUCAAACAGAGCGUCCAUGCCCAAAAAGUUGCCGCUGCGAUGGAAAAAUUGUGUACUGUGAGUCAAGUGCAUUUCGUGAUGUCCCCAAGAACCUCUCAGGAGGUUGUGAAGGUCUGUCGUUAAGGUACAACAGCCUCAUGAACCUUCGAGCCGGCCAGUUUGUUGGGCUGAACCACCUCAUUUGGCUUUAUUUAGACCACAAUUACAUCACAUCUGUCGAUGGGAUGGCAUUCCAGGGAGUUCGCAGGCUAAAAGAACUGAUCUUGAGCUCCAACAAGAUUACAUUACUCCACAACACCACAUUCCAUCCUGUGCCCAAUUUGCGUAACCUUGAUCUAUCAUACAACAAACUGGAAGUGUUGCAGCCAGGGCAGUUUCAAGGACUUCGGAAGCUUCUUAGUCUUCACAUACGAUCAAAUUCACUCAAGAUCCUUCCAUUGCGUCUCUUCCAAGAUUGCAGAAAUCUUGAGUUUCUUGAUCUAGGUUACAACCGCCUGCGAAGUAUCACUCGGAAUGCACUUUCAGGCUUAGUCAAGCUCACAGAGUUACACCUGGAACAUAACCAAUUCUCAAAGAUAAAUUUUUCUCAUUUUCCCCGUCUCUACAAUUUGCGGGCACUUUACCUACAGUGGAAUCGCAUUCGCUCCAUGAGCCAGGGCCUAACCUGGAUUUGGGCUUCAAUCCAAAAACUUGAUUUGUCUGGGAACGAUCUAUCAGAACUAGAUGCUGCCAUUUACCAAUACUUGCCCAACCUGCAAACCCUCAAUCUGGACUCCAACAAGUUGACCAAUGUGUCCCAAGAGGCGGUUGAUGCCUGGGUUUCUGUCACCACAAUUAGUUUGGCUGGAAAUGUUUGGGACUGUGGCCCAGCCAUUUGUCCUCUUGUCUCUUGGUUGAGAAAAUUUCGGGGCGCAAAGGAAACAACCAUGAUAUGUGCCUCUCCAAAAAAAGCCCAAGGUGAGAAAGUGAUGGAUGCUGUUGAAGCUUUUGGUGUUUGCCAAUCCAACCAAGUGACAAUGCUAACCGUAAGCGUUCCUCCUACUCAAUUCAAUGUCUCUGAGCAGCCUGAACAACACCCAGCAAUUUUGGCUUCACCCACUCGUUCUGGAAAGAGAGCAGAAGGCUCGAUCAGGGGCCCAACUUCAUCAGCUGUUACCCAGCCAGUGGCACUUCCCCCAGAUCAAGACUUGGAGCCCGUGUCCUUCCAUAAGAUUGUUGCAGGAAGUGUUGCCCUUUUUCUCUCUGUUGCAAUGAUCCUUUUGGUGAUCUACGUGUCGUGGAAACGCUAUCCUAGCAGUGUCAAGCAACUGCAGGAGAAUACAUCGACGGCACGCAAGCGGCGCAAGAAAUCAAAAGAGACAGAACGCACCUUGAGUUCUCCCCUGCAGGAGUACUAUGUGGACUAUAAACCCAACAACUCAGAGGCCAUGGAUGUGCUUGUCAAUGGAACCGGAACCUGCACUUACACCAUCUCAGGCUCCCGAGAAUGCGAGGUUCCCCAUCAGAUGGGUGCACUGACCUUCUAUCGAUACGAGCAGCCGAUUGUAGACUACUGCCAAGCCCAUCAACCCCUGCGGCUAAACAUGGGCUAUGAAGGCCCCCCUCAGGGUCUUGAGGGCCUGGAAGACCUGGGGCCCUGCGAGAGGGGGACUAUUCAGACAGUGGCUCUCCCAGCUGUGCCCACCGCUGCCACCAUAGGGCCCUCAGUGCCAGGGCCUCGUUCUCCCCCAGCAGCACUCAGGCCAACGACUGAUGCUCCCAGCGGCAGUCUGCCCACUGAGCGCACAGGCACCCUUAAAUUUGGACGCUAGCGAGAUGAACAUGGGCCUCUGAUGAAUUGUGACUUGAAAAUGAUGGGGCAGCUCAGCUGGUGGUUGACCUCGCGUUUGGGACAUGUAUGAAGAAAUUACAGGAGAUGUUUUGGUUUUAAUACACACAAUCUGAGCAAAUGCAGAAAACAGAGUCAAGGACAACACAUUAUUUGAUGGAUUAUUUUCCAGAACAGUGAACUGAAGAUGGUCAGGUAGAGGUCAAACAGAAUACAUUUUUUUUUUUUUAUUUAUCAUUUUUGCCAUUUCAAUAUAAUGAGCUAUGGUUUCGAUAAAUUAUGGAGGUGCAUGUGCUCUGACUUUGGAUGACAGACAGAAAGGAUCUCACACACAAAAGGAGUUAGAUUUCAUGUGACAAGCAGGGUGUUUAACUGUGAUUCCCAUUAUAAUUUACAUUCAGCAAUUUUCCACAGAUGCAAAUUUCUAUAAUUAUUUCAUGAAGAUGAGUGCGCUCUCUCUCUCUCUCUCUCUCUCUCUCUCUCUCUCUCUCUCUCUCUCUCUCUCUCUCUCUCUCUCUCUCUCUCUCUCACGAUGGAUAAUUACACUGAGUUCGUCUUUGCCUUGUUUGACUUUUAUUUUGGAUGUGAGAUAUAAUUAAUUACAUUGAUAUACAUAUCAAACCAAAGAGGUCUUUUUUUUCUUUUCAUUUAAAUGCAUGUACGCUGAGGGCCUUCUUAAAAUUCACUCAACAAACAUCUUUGAUAACUUGCAUUAUUAGAUACAGAACUAACUGUCUUUGACGUUUAGUUUGUAACAAAUUGAGAUAAUGAAAUGAGAUAAUUAUGAAUUGGUGUUCAUCAUACAAUGUAUGUGCUGUCUGGUCCUAAUACCAGUCCACUGUAAAACCCACAGACACAUUUGCAUACACGCUUUUUGGGCAUGUUCCAUAUUUUAACAUACAAUGUCCUGUUAAAAAAAUGGCAGAAAUUUGUAGUUGAGUAUAGCCCAACAGCAGUUUGCUAAACCUAUGUGCAAACGUGAUUUCCAAGUAUUGUACAUAUCAUUGAAGAGGUCCACCGACCCCUCUCACUGCCCCAUUUGGAAUCAUGUCAGACUUUGACCACAUGAGGAGAGCAUCAUCUCUGACCAUGUUACUUCCUGCAUCUCCCCCCCCCACCACCACCACAGUGCAAACCAGUGCCUCGUGGGGGUGUGCUGAAUCAUCACCUUGACAUGGUCUCAACCUGUGGAUGAAUCUACAAUGCGGAAUUGGGAGGAAUGCCUGACUUCCCCCUAUUGUCCAAUACGUGACAUCAUGGCUCUCUGUAAACUUUUGGCGAACGUGGCAAGCAUUGCUGAUGACUUUUGGCCCAAGAAAAGACUCAGAGCAAGCGAUGCACAUGGAUCUUUUUAUUUCCACAUGUAAGUGAUGAUACACCUGGAGAUAUUGGAACUGUUCUUGGUUCUAUCACCUGAUUAAACUGAACAAACUGUGAGACCACCAUUCCCGCACAGAACGGUCUUUGCGAUAAGAAACUGGGUUAGUAUUUAUCUUUUAUUUUUGUUUGUUGUCAUGAACAAAAGAGACACUUUUUGAGGUGUGCAAUGAUGAUGUCAAGACAUUCUAGAAACGUAUCAAAGGUCAAAAUCAAAUAGAACUUAUUUAUCAUGUAAAUAGAAAAUCUUCAUAAGAUACCAAGAAAAUGACUUUCUCUGAAACAUCUUGUGAACAGAAGAGGAGCCUUAUUCAUUUUCCAAUGUGGGAUCUGUGUUAUAAAGUUGAAACUGUACUGCUCCUGUUUCAAUGAUAAAUAUUUUUCUAUUUGCUACCAUAACUAUCAUACCAUGUCGCUGGAAACACUAGGCGGUUUCCGUCAUCCAGUCAUUUCACAAAACUACGUGAUUGGAAAAAAGUUCGAUAGCUCCAUUGUCAUGAUGUAUCCAUAUUUCCAUGUUUCAGGUCAAUAGCCAUAUGAAUUUCCGUGAAUUUUAGCAUACAAUUGUUUGGAAUUACUGUAUACCAGUAAUUCUUUCUUUAUUAUGUUGUUACUUUGUGUUUGAACAAAUGCAAUCCCUAGAACUGCAAAUAUUCACAUGGUCUUCAUAAUUUCACCCAAAAAAGAAAAAAUAAAGGGUUCAGCCUCCCUUGAUGUACAGUACACUGCAUAAAAAAGAAAUGCAGGUGGUUCGCUUAGUACAGUUGCUUCAUAGUGCUGGUGGAGUUCCCUUUGUAAAAGCAGCUGUACGAAUAUUUUAUGAGCGCUCUCCAUUCUGUUCAUACAGUGUAUGUCUGCCCUCCUCUAUCGGAGUCCUGCUCAAUCCCGAUUUAUGUCUGCCUCUUGUUGACCUGGAGAUACCUGACUCAUGAUUUGUCCCUGCAUGCUAAUACUGUACCUUGGGCUGUAUCUUAUUGUUGGAAAUGGACAGCAUAGGAGAUACCUAUCUGAGAAGAACAUGAUAGGGGCUGGACUGUUUUUGAGAAACCCAUUCCAAUCCUAAAUGGAGUACUACCUGUUUGGCUCAUUAAGCUUAUUUAGUCUUGAUACUUUUGGCGGUAUUGCCUUCUGUGGUUCAGCGUAAGAACUACAUUACGAUAUCGCAACAUAUUACCCUGCAUCAAUAGCAGCAGCCAUGCUUUAGCACUUUGCGCUGAGUAGAACAAAAGCAUGGUAACAAAAAAAUGGGGUGAAACUAAUGAUGCCCUGUCCACAACAACAGGGUUUUCACCAUGCUUUGGCCUUUCAUGCGCACUGCUGUUUUAUGUUUGGAAAAAAAAAUGCUAUUGCUUUUUGGGGAGAUAUUUUCAAAACAGUAUUUUGCAUUUGUGUUCAGAUGAGGAUAUAUUCUUUAUACAAUCGAACAUGUCUUAUUCAACCCUCGCAGCAACAUUUCCUUUUUUAGGGUAAUGAUUGGGUAAAUGGUGCUCAAGAGUUGGCAAAUGUGUUUCCAAGUAGGGUUUUUGUUUUUAAAUGCUGUCGCGUGUGUAUUUUUUUUUUUUUUUUUUUGAUUGAUAGAGCAAUGUUUAUAAAAAUCCGCAUUUCCAUGCUAAGAGAAUUGGCUUCUUCAUGCUAGUUAACCAAGGAAAUGGCUUGUUUAUGGAGUUGAGUCUUGGAAAAGUAUCCCUGUUUACAAUAUAGAUCCUGCUUGUCCAGCAAACUAGCCCAAUCCAACACAGAUCACCCGCUGAAAAUAACAACCUCGUAUUUUUGUAUUAACUUCAUCCUGGUUCAUCAACAGUAACCUAAGAUGAUUUGAAGGAAGUUUCAUUAACACCAGAACAACUCAUGCAUUGAUAAUUCAAAAUAAAAUAUUUAAUUGACUUGUACGUGUACUGACAGGAUAAGAAAUACACUCCACAUGACAUGUUUUUCUAUAAUUAUCUGUCUUAUUUUUCUGUGGUCCAUGUUGAGUCUGGUAUGAUGCCAAACAACAAUCGUUUCAAGGGGAUUCCUAUAUUUUUUCCCAUGCUAGAUGUUUUAUUUUUUUUCUGAAAAUUUUUAAAAUGAUUAUUCUUUUGGGGUCACUAAAACAAAAUAAUGCUUGUUUUCAAUUAUUUAUUUUGUAGUCAUGAUUUAUUGAUUCUUAUUUUCAUUAAUGCCACGUUAAUUCAGUGCAGGAUUUCUUUCUUUAACAGAAUGCCAACAAUUUUAUUCACGUCUGGAUGUCUGUAUCUGCACCUAAAUUUAAAUUGAUUUUCCUUGUACAAUCAUUGUGCAACACAGUCUUGCUGGAAGUUUUUUUUUUUUUUUUUUUACUGUGUUAUUGUUCUUUUUUUCCACCUCACCAUUAAGGGUUGGGAUGCAAAGGCUUUUGAAGCUAAAUGAUGCACAUUCAAGCUGAAGUCUGUCUAUGUGAGCCCCGUAACCCCAAAAGGUUUUAUUAUCUGUCUUUCAUUAUUGUUUGUUUAGAAUUUAGUACACAACAAGCUCCCAACACCCCCUCAUUCCUACUGGGCGCCUUUGCUGCAUUUUAUACCUAUUGUUUUCUCUCUCUCUCUCUCUC